AUAGACACCAGAGAAAAAAAAAAAGGACAUUGAGGACCAAAUCCGAACCAAUUAACCCCACACCAAUUUCUCUCUUCAAUUCUGUGUCCUCUUUUAGACAACAUUUCAAGCAAACCCAUCAAAUAAACAUCUCCAUAGCCUCAGCUGAAAAUAAUGGAGAAGAGCUGGCUUCUAGCUUUUCUCCUCCUCUUCCAGGCAAUGCCAAGAGGAGCAGCGAUUGGUGUGGGUGUUGGUGUUGGCAUAGGCAAUGCAGGUGGUGGCGUGUGGAUUGGUGGUGGAAUCAACGACCCACCACCAUCCGGGUCUUCAUAUUCAAACCUCAACAGUGCUUAUACUGCUCUACAAUCAUGGAAAUCAGCAAUCACGGAUGACCCAUUAAAGAUUUUGGACACUUGGGUUGGCACUGAUGUGUGCUCUUACAAAGGAGUUUUUUGUGCAGUUCCUCGAGGUGAUGGAUUGGCUGCCCCCCCUGGUCCAGUUGUUGCAGGCAUAGAUCUCAACCAUGCAAGUCUCCAAGGGAAUCUUGUUAAAGAACUCUCUGUCCUUACAGAUAUGUCUCUUCUUCAUCUCAACAGCAACAGGUUUUCAGGCACAAUUCCAGAUACUUUCAAAGACCUGACUUCUCUCCAGGAGUUAGACCUGAGUAACAACCACUUUUCAGGUCCUUUCCCUGCAGUUACUUUGUACAUUCCUAAUCUCAUUUACUUAGACCUUAGGUUCAACAGCUUUUCAGGAUCCAUUCCUGAAGAUCUUUUCGACAAGAGACUAGAUGCAAUUUUCCUCAACAAUAAUCAAUUUUCUGGUCAAAUUCCUCAAAAUUUGGGUAACUCUCCUGCUUCUGUGAUAAACUUGGCUAAUAACAAGUUCACUGGAAGCAUUCCAGCUAGCUUUGGUCUAAUGAGUUCUAAAUUGAAGGAGAUUUUGUUCCUCAAUAAUCAGUUAACAGGCUGCAUUCCCGAGGGAGUUGGGCUCUUCACAGAUAUGGAAGUCUUGGAUGUAAGCCACAAUUCACUGAUGGGCCAUUUGCCAGACACAAUAUCUUGUCUCAGUGAGAUUGAAGUUCUCAAUUUGGCACACAACAAGCUCUCUGGGGAACUGCCUGACCUGGUUUGUUCUCUGAGAAGCCUCAUGAAUUUAACUGUUGCUUAUAACUUCUUUUCUGGGUUUAGCCAAGAAUGUACCAAGUUGUUCAGUAGAAAUGUGGGUUUUGAUUUCUCUUUGAACUGUAUUCCUGGAAGAAUUAUGCAAAGACCUCAACCAGAGUGCUCGGCUAUUCCAGGAGGACUGAGUUGUCUCAGAAUACCUGCUGCACAACCUCUUGUUUGUGGGUCACUUGGAGUCACAAUAGAUGCUAAUCUAGGCCCAUCAUCACCAUGAAAGAGGGAGAGAUUGGUUAAAAAUUACCAUUAUUGUACAACAGGUUGGUGAUGGUUGCCUCAUUAAUUAAUAGCAAUUAUGAUUCAGAACUCCAUAAUUUAUUUCUUCA